AUGAAGGACAGUAUCAACUACGACUUUGAAGAUAAUAAGAACGAGUUAGUAAUUAUAGUAAAUGAAAAAAAUGAGUUCCAAGAAUUAAAAACAAGAAAAAUUAUGAGAAAAGAUAAUUUAUGGCAUAGGUCUACAUCCAUAUUGGUAUUUACAAAAAUAGGACAAGAAUAUUUUAUAUAUAUACAUAAAAGAUCAAAAAUUAAAGAUUACUGUCCAUCAUAUUAUUCAAUUGGAUUUGGUGGAGUACUUUCAGCAAAUGAAGAUUUUUUACAAAACGCUGUAAAAGAAUUACAUGAAGAAAGUGGUAUAUUAAAAAAACCUGAACAGUUAAUUGAUUUAGGUUUAAUAAAAUGUGACACAGGGUAUGCCAAGGCCUUUGUCCAAUGUUAUGUAACUUUCAUUCCCCCUGAUUUCCAGACUGUUCCUCAAUUAAAUGAAGUGGAAUUUAUAACAAGAGUUUCGAUAAAUGAUUUUGACAAAUUUUUAGAAGAGGAAAAAAUUACUGAAAUAAGCAAAAGUGUAUACAACAAUUUUAGAGACAAAGUUAAUAAAUCCAACUUGGAUGAAUUUUAUAAAACUCUUUCCUCAUAA